CGGGCCCCGCCCACCGCUGCCUUCCUCCGGUGGGCGCCAGCUGCCGCGGAGGCCUGAGCGAGCGCUGACUUCGGCGGGCGCAUCUGCGGUGUGAGCGCCGGCGGGGGCUGGUGGGCCCGCUCUCUUGUUUUUCUCGCCGUUCUGCGCCCUCGGACAUGGUGGCCCCUAGCUGUGUGAUCAGCCGCCUGGGCUCGGUGUUCCCCUUCUUGCUCGUCCUGGUGGACUUGCAGUACGAAGGUGCUGAAUGUGGAGUGAAUGCAGAUGUUGAGAAACACCUUGAAUUGGGCAAGAAGUUACUCGCGGCUGGACAGCUGGCUGAUGCGCUAUCACAGUUUCACGCUGCAGUAGACGGUGACCCCGAUAACUAUGUCGCGUACUACCGGAGGGCCACGGUCUUUCUGGCCAUGGGCAAGUCGAAGGCCGCACUCCCUGACCUGACUAAAGUGAUCGAACUGAAGGUGGACUUCACUGCGGCAAGAUUACAGAGAGGUCACUUAUUAUUGAAACAAGGAAAACUUGAUGAAGCAGAAGAUGAUUUUAAAAAAGUGCUCAAAUCUAAUCCAAGUGAAAAUGAAGAAAAGGAAGCCCAAUCCCAACUUAUAAAAUCUGAUGAGAUGCAGCGUUUGCGCGCACAUGCCCUUGAUGCUUUUGAAAACUCGGAUUAUAUUGCUGCUAUAACCUUCCUUGAUAAGAUUUUAGAGGUCUGUGUUUGGGAUGCCGAGCUGCGGGAGCUUCGAGCCGAGUGUUUCAUAAAAGAAGGGGAACCUAGGAAAGCGAUAAGUGACUUAAAAGCUGCGUCAAAACUGAAGAAUGACAAUACCGAGGCUUUUUAUAAAAUCAGCACCCUGUACUAUCAACUGGGAGACCACGAGCUGUCACUCAGUGAAGUUCGUGAGUGUCUUAAACUUGACCAGGAUCAUAAGAGGUGUUUUGCGCACUACAAACAAGUGAAGAAACUCAAUAAGCUGAUCGAGUCAGCUGAAGAGCUCAUCAGAGAGGGCAGAUACACAGACGCGGCCAGCAAAUACGAAUCCGUCAUGAAGCUGGAGCCUGGAGUUCCAGAAUACACAGUUCGCUCAAAAGAAAGGAUCUGCCACUGCUUCUCGAAGGACGCGAAGCCUGUGGAGGCCAUUCGGGUGUGCUCGGAGGUUCUGCAGGCGGAGCCCGACAACGGGAACGCCCUGAAGGACCGCGCGGAGGCCUACCUCAUCGAGGAGAUGUAUGAUGAAGCUAUCCAGGACUACGAAACUGCUCAGGAGCACAAUGAGAAUGACCAGCAGAUUCGGGAAGGCCUGGAGAAAGCACAAAGACUGUUGAAGCAGUCCCAGAAAAGAGAUUAUUAUAAAAUCUUGGGAGUAAAAAGAAAUGCCAAGAAACAAGAAAUCAUUAAAGCAUACAGAAAACUAGCAAUGCAGUGGCACCCAGAUAAUUUCCAGAAUGAAGAAGAAAAGAAAAAAGCUGAGAAGAAAUUCAUUGACAUUGCGGCUGCUAAAGAGGUGCUCUCCGAUCCAGAAAUGAGGAAGAAGUUUGACGACGGAGAAGACCCCCUGGACGCAGAGAGCCAGCAAGGAGGCGGCGGCAACCCCUUCCACAGAAGCUGGAACUCGUGGCAAGGCUUCAACCCCUUCAGCUCAGGCGGACCUUUUCGAUUUAAAUUCCAUUUCAAUUAAGCCAGCUGUUCUUUUGCUCUUCUUCCUUUUUUUAAAGAUUAAAAAGAUAAAUAUUAUUCUAGGAUCCUAAUGAAAAAAAAAUUCAAAUCUUUGUCCGUGACCAAAGAAUUGUUUUAAUAAGAAAAAUCAGUUCUUACCUACUUCAGGCUCGAGGCUGACGGGUGUUCCGGGCAGGGCGGCGCGGCGUGUCCCGCAGGGCCACCUGCCCGCGCGCGCGGGGGCCGGGCUCUCGCAGCCUGUGUGCCCCGCCGGAGGGCGCCGGAGCUGCGGUCUCCCAGCCUCGUGUGGCAAGUCCUGCCGAUGCGUAGGAGGCGGAGCUGUGUCUUUGUGAGAAUGGGUCUUAUUUCAGUGUUCUUAAAGAGAAUGUUCAUGUUUUGAGCUGUAUGAUCCUUGGGUUGAUUUUGCUUCAAUUUUGGUCAGUCCGGUCACUUGCAAACGUGUUAAAUUACGGAGCCUGCUUUCACCCCGUGCACCGGCGUCUCCCUCCUGGCAUGAAGGCCGGAGGGGUGCAGUGCGCACGCGGCGGUCGAGGUGGCCAGGGUGAGACUGUGGGUGGGUGUUGGCAGGCUCUCGAGAGAACCCUAACCACCACUGAAACAGAAUUAACUGUAAGACCUGUCUCCGUUUGAUAUGAAACAACAAAUUAAGUUACAUGCAAAAAAGGUUCAGCUAAUGUAGCAGUGGUUUUAUUUCAAGUAAUUUUGCAGAGGUGCAGAGGGAAAUACUUCAACAGCUGACACUGUGAGUUCAGUGGAACUCCCCAGAACAGGACCGUCUCCGACAGGUGCGGCUGCUUGGUGCACAGGGCAGGUGCCCUCUCUCUCACUGUUCCUACCUGCAGUGGGCAGCUCCUCCCCGUCCUGGCCGAGCCCCGGGACAUGGAUGGGGGAGACGCCCCUUGCUGCCUCUGCAGGCUGCCACCCGAAACAGCACAGGUUUACAGCCCCGGUGGCCCGGCCACCUCCCCCGGCAAGAUGGCGUCUCUCCUUGGGAUACCUUUGUACCUUUUAAGAAAUUAUUCCAUCUUUGUAUAUUCAGUAAUUUUUUCCUUAAAAAUGAGUAUUUUAAUCAAGAACAUUAAAUAUUUAUGGAACUACUGAUACUGCAUUUAAAUUCUAAGAGAAUUACUUUAGAUAAGGAUUAGUACCUUUAUUCUAGAAAGGUUUUUGUUUGCCUCAGAGCAUGUUGAAGCAUUUCAAGCAGUAUGAGUCCAGUACGUUGUUUUUACGAAACCCAGCAUUCACUUCACUGUUGGGAGGCAUCCUGACCAGUACUGUCCACAACGGCCAAGCACAAAUUACUUUCUUCUCCAGUCGUCCUGAAACACGUGGAAAACCUUUUCAAACGGAGGCAGAACCACGUGGUUGAGUUGGGUGAGAUGCAGAAGUGCUUUUGCAUCUAUUUAGAAGCCUGUACCUUACCAAUAAACUUACGAGUGCAUUUCAAAAACUA